GGGGGGUAAAACGUGUUUUUGCCCGGGUCGUUCUAGCGGUUAUGGCGCAAAAGCGCUACGUUUAUCCAAAUUAGGGUGUACUAGUACCCAAAUAAACGCUAAAUAAUGAUUUGGCUUGGGUUCGUGUAUUAAAGCUUAUUUUUAAAUAGGUGGCGCUAAAGUCCUAAAGUUGGUUCUUUAUUCUACAUGGCUGCAUCUAUGGUUGUUUAUGCCGGCGUGGCGGCGUGUUCAUUUAAAGGAUAAGUUUGCUUUAAUUCGCAGUCAAUAAGAGCAGCCACAGCGCCUGCGAACACACGCCAGCACGCUACUAGUCUAGCGUCAUCGGCGUGGUCCGCAAAGUUUAAAAAAAAAAGCUUACGAUGGCUACUCAAAAGGCACCGUCGUACGUCGGCUCGGUGAGACUAAUAUUUGAAGCAGGUACCAGGUUGGAGGCUAAACCGCAGACUGUUGCCACAGCGGCCACAUACUUUCACCGGUUCUUCCAGGAGUGUUCGCAAGACGAUUAUGAUUUCUACCUGGUGGCCGCGACAGCGAUGUACUUGGCCGGCAAAGUCGAAGAGGACUACCUCAAAAUACGAGAUGUGGUGAACGUAUUCCACAAGAGUGCCUAUCCAAAAUCUGACCCUCUGCCGCUGGCAGACGAGUACUGGUGCCUGCGCGACGCCAUUGUCCAGUGUGAGCUGCUCAUGCUGAGAGUCUUGCAGUUUAAAGUCUCCGUCGACCAUCCGCACCGGUACCUACUUCACUACCUUCGGUCAUUGAGUGACUGGCUUGGUCCACUGACCUGCGGUGGAGGCGGAGGAGCACGCAGCGGUGCACCGUGCCCGAUUCCUCUAUCACAAGUGGCAUGGUCACUUCUGUGUGACAUGUACAUGCAGCCCACCUGCCUGCGGCAUCCUCCACAGGAGCUGGCAGUGGCCGUCCUCCAGGUGGCUCUGCUCGCCUAUGACGUGCGAGUGCCACACGGAGAGGACAGUGUCCUCAGCUGGUACGAAACGCUCUGCGACAACCUGUCUCGAGAGAAGCUUGCUGACCUCAUCAUGGACGUCAUUCAGGUUUAUGAUACUGAAGGACAGUAAUAAACAUCACCACUGUCGUCUA